AUGACUGUACAGGAAGCAGCUCCGGGACAAGUGGAGGUGCGACGAGCACCGUACAUGCUGCCCGCCAAAAUCAAGGUAGUAAACGACCAGAACGAAACGGUAUGCUUCAAAUUUCGCACCAAUUACCCCAACAUUCUCACGGCGACGCCUCGCAUGUUCAAUCUGAACGCCGGAGAAAGCCUGGAAUCGACCAUGGGCUUAUCCAAGGAAAGCAUGGCGUUGUCCUGGCGUGCCUUAAAAGCCGUUUCGCCUCUUGUGAAGGUGUUCGCCUGGCCGCUGGCCGAUUUUCACGACGCGGACGAGAUGUGGGCGUCGGUGCCGUUGAGCAAAUCCGAUGUGCCCAGUGCCACCCUGCAACUUGACAUCGUGGUGCCGACUGACUCCGGUGAUGGAACUGAUGAUGUGGCCAUCGACACCGGAAACCAAACCCCAUUAAAGGAAUCGCCAGUCGCCGCUGCGCCUGAAGGUGAAAAAACGUACAGUGAAGAGUGCAGUGGCAAAAGUACGCCGUACUCGUAUUCGAGCGAAGACACGCAGGGUUCUUCAGUCGACGAGGUCAACGAGCAUCGCAGAUCUGAGUCUACGUACGUGGUUUCAGAAAUUACUGAAAGUGAAACUCUCGAAGAGUUAUCAAUCCUCAGAAUGAUUUUCUACAGCGCCUUUGUUCUGGGACUGUGGCUACUGUUUGAAAGCCUUUUCGUCCAAAAUUUGUUCGAAUGA